GCAACUAGUAGAAGCAUGUCCAUGGGAGGGUUUUGGAAUACUAAGAAGGUUAACUAUAGUGAAGAAACUAAAAAGGUUUUGAAUGGUUAGUUAAAGCUGAUUUCAGUAAUGGUUUUUAGACCUUGUAAAUGAAUCAAAGAUUUCGAAUUUUUAUCGUCGGUCAAUAAGUGACUCAAUUAAAAAUGGGAAAAGUCUAAGCACAAACUUUGAAAAUACAUCCAAAAUUGGGAGAAAUUUACUUUCGGAACAGAAAAAGAAAUCGAUUAAGAGGGCCAGAAGACCACAACGAAGAACGAGAUCACUGAUAGAGCUUAGCGGUGCGUACGACCCAGUUCCAUAUAACCCGUCUCCAAUUACCAUAAAUACAGGAGCUGCGGAGAAACUACGUUUAGCACAUUUAAUGACAUAUGGUGAAGAGCCUACAUGGAAAUCAUUACAAAAUGAUCAAAUCAAAGAUGGAAGGUUAGAAUAUUUAGGUCGUCGUAUACUGAAAUAUCCCAAAACCGAUGGUGAUAAUGAUGAUUAUAAUAAUAAGCAAAUUGAAACUAAUAAGGAUAGAUUUGAAGAAUUAAUAGAUGAAAUUAAUGAAAGAAGUGAAUUUUUGACACAAAUGCGAAAACUUGGACGACUCAAAGAAUAUCAAACAACUGUUGAAACAGAAAUAUCUCAAUUAAUACGUGAAAUGGAACAAAUUGAUUUGAAACGAAUCAACCAAAUGAAUCAAAAUAAUUUGAACGAUUAAUUUUUCGACUAUAAAUCAAUCUAGAUGACAGUGGAUGCAUUUCAUAAAGAUUUCAAAACCAAAAUGUAAAAAUAAUUAUCCGUAA